AUGGAGCGGCUCAGUGUACUCACCUGUCUCGGUUUGAUUUGUGUGGCUUCCACACUGGCGACAGAGCUCGACCCCCGAGGCACUCGCCCAGUGGAGCACGGCACCAGAUCGGAGAAAUGUGCCACUGAGAAGGAGUGGCCUUUCUGCACAAGCGAUGAAUGGGGCUCUAAAUGCCCGUCAGGCUGCAGGAUCCUGGGUCUGAUGAAUAAAUAUGACUACGGCCUGCUGAAGAGGAUUGAGAAGAUCCGCAGCCUCCUGGAUCAGAACAGGGCCAAACACCGCACGACCGACCAGGUGUCCAAACAGACCUAUGACAUCCUGAGGGACAAACUCACCACUGACUCUGGUACUGACAACACCUAUUACGACCUGGCCCAGAGUCUGCGUCAGAGGAUCACAGACAUGAAGAUUAAGAUCGACAGACAGCUGAGGUUCCUGGCCACCCUGAAGGAUCAAGUCAAAGAUCAGGUUGUGGAGAUGCACAGACUGGAGGUGGAUAUCGACAUUAAGCUCCGUUCCUGCAAAGGAUCCUGCCAGCGCUACUCCGAGUACCGGGUGGACCAGGAGAGCUACGUGGCCCUGGACAAACAGAUUAACCAGCUGGACUCCCAGUCGGGUCAGAACGUCGAGUCUGUGGGGACACUGUAUGUGAUGAAGAGCAGGCCGCUGAAGGACGUGAUAGUGGACCCCAACUUCAAAUCCACCAGAACAGCAGGACAGCAGAAAGACGACCUGUUCACUGAUGUGAAGACUGUCCACUUGCUUCUAGAGGAGGAAGGGUCCAGCUCAUCCCCAGCAACCAUCUCCAAGGUCCCAGGUACUUCCUACUCUGCCUCUACAUCCUCAUCAUCGUCCUCCACCUCCUCCACAGGAUCUAAAUCCAUCACUGAGCUCGGAGGACACAGUCGUGACGAUUUCUUUACUGGAAUGACUGAAAGUCUCGGCCAGCCCAGUACAAGCCACGUGUCCACCAAAACAGUCUCCUGCACCAAGACCACCAGAAAGACCGUGCUCCACACAAAGGAGGGGCCGGUGGAAAAAGUGGAGGAGGUGAUUGGUGGAGGCCCCGAGUGCCAGGGCAUGGCAGAUCUCAACAGAGGGGAUAUUAGCGCCUUGUUCCCCACCCUCAGCCACACAUCCUCCUCCUCCUCCUUUUCCUCCUCCUCUUCAUCAGUGAGCACCAAGACCGUCCAUGACAGCGGUGCCAAGGGAAGCCUCACAGGAGAUUCCAAAACUGGGUUUACAGACACAUUCGGCUCUGAAGUAGGAAUCGACCUCGGCGCGUUCUUGACAGACACUGCAGAUGAUGACGUUCCUGAUUUCCACGCCCGGAGUGUGAAGAGCACGCGUGUGGAGCGGCAGGCCGAUUAUAUAGGAAAAGAUUGUGUCGAAGCCUACCAGAACCACCUGAAAGGGGAAACAAAUGGCCUGUUUAAGAUCAAACCUGGCGGCACGGAUUCCACAGAGGUAGUCGAGGUUUACUGCCAGCAGGAGGGGCUAAUGGGUGGGUGGAUGUUAGUCCAGCAGAGAGAGAGUGGCGCGCUCAGCUUCAACCGCACCUGGGCCGAAUACCGCAAAGGGUUCGGCUCCGUCGAUGCGCAGGGUAAGGGGGAGCUUUGGCUAGGCAACCGGAACAUCCACCUGCUGACGAAUCAGGGUGAGACCAUGCUGAAGGUGGAGCUGGAGGACUGGGAGGGGGGCGUAGCCAGUGCUGAAUAUACAAUCAAGGUUGGCUCGGAGGAGGAGGGCUACCCGUUACAUGUGUCCGGGUACACCGGGGACGCUGGGGACGCUCUGGCGAGGCCCAAUUCCAAUAUGGUGUCUUAUCUGUCCCACAACGGGAUGAAAUUCAGCACCUUUGACAAAGACAAUGAUAAGUGGGAGGAGAACUGUGCGGAGAUGUACGGGGGUGGGUGGUGGUACAACAACUGCCAGGCAGUGAACUUAAAUGGGAUCUAUUACAAAGGCACGUACGACCCGGACAGAAACACGCCCUAUGAGAUUGAAAAUGGAAUUGUGUGGGUGACUUAUAAACCAGCCAAUUACAGCCUGAAAACUGUUCGAAUGUUUAUUCGACCGGCUGCUUUUUAAUGGGACACGAAGUGGGGGAAAGUGGGGGAGUUUGUCAAAUACACCCUUUUAUAAACAUUUAGAACUGAUGGCAGAAGGCAGAAAAUAACAGGAAGGAACGAGUAGAAGUAAGACACAAGAAAUAAUGAUCAAACUGAGGAUCAGUAAACAUCUGAGGACAAAAACCAAAGGUGGUUUCAGAGCUUGUGGACUAUUGAGCUGUUCUGGGAUUUCAAAAUCAUGUCAAACAAUGUCAGUGUGUUUUGUGUAUUU